UGGGUCAGGGUUUGGAGCGAUGAGUGCGGAGCUGAAGAGGGCCUACGAGAUCGGAACAGAGAUCGGACGGGGGAGGUUCGGCACCGUAUACCGGUGCGUCUCGACGGAGACCGGCGAGGCGUUCGCCGUCAAGUCCAUCGAGAAAGCCCUGCUCUCCGACGACGUCGACCGCGAGUGCAUCGAGCGGGAGGCCAAGAUCGCCCAGCUCGCCGCCGCCGGGAACCCGCACGCGGUCCAGGUCCACGCGGUGUACGAGGACGAGGCCUGGCUCCACGUGGUGAUGGAGCUGUGCCCGGGGCCGGACCUCUUCGACCGGAUCAGCCGGCGGGGGUCGCCCCUGUCGGAGGCGGAGGCGGCGGCGGUGAUGGCGCCGCUGAUGGAGGCGGUAGCUGUGUGCCACCGCCGCGGGGUGGCACAUCGCGACAUCAAGCCGGACAACGUGCUAUUCGACGAGCGGGGGUGCCUGAAACUGGCGGACUUCGGGUCGGCGGAGUGCUUCGGGGACGGGCGGCCGAUGAGUGGUCUGGUAGGGACGCCCCACUACGUAGCCCCGGAGGUGGUGGCUGGGAGGGACUACGACGAGAAGGUGGACGUCUGGAGCGCCGGGGUGGUGCUAUACGUAAUGCUGUCCGGUGUCCCGCCCUUCUACGGCGACACGGCGGUCGAGAUCUUCGAGGCGGUGCUCCGCGCCAAUCUCCGCUUCCCGACGCGGAACUUCCGCGCCAUCUCCCCGGCGGCCAAAGAUCUUCUACGCCGGAUGCUCUGUAAGGACGUCUCUCGAAGGUUCUCGGCGGAUCAAGUCCUCGGGCAUCCGUGGAUAACCAGUGGAGAGGGAACGAGAGCAGCGGAGGAGCCAACCUAGAAGGGAUGGCUGCUGGCUUUGCGUACAGAGAUCGUAUAAAUACCACCGUAUAUAUCCGCCCUCUUUUUGUGAAGACGGCUUGCUCUGAGAAGUUUCUAGAAGGACUCCGGAGAGUGGGGAAAAGGAUUUUUGAAUCUUGCUGUGAGAAAAAGAUGGGUUCUUUUCUUCGUUCGUCUCCUGAUCUCUUUUCCGGUAGAGGUCUUUAUAUAUGAUGAAGAAUCGCAACGUGUCCUCUUUGUAUAAAGUUGUGGCGUUCUAUCAUGUAAAGAGAUGCAAGAGAUAUGGAAUUUCGCGUCCUCUUUGCUUUUAUUUUCGU